CCGAUCUCCUCCAGCGAUAUACAGAGUGUGAGAGACACAAAGGAGCUUCUCUGCAUUUCACUUUAGAUCGACGUUUUUCAUCUCUAAUCGCCUGUGGAUAUGAGUUUGGAUUCCUUAUCUCAGUGUCUGUGAGGUAACUAAGGGAUCUGUUGACCUCUUGGCUGAGAACAAAGAGCAGAGGCUUCCAUGUCUUUGCCUUGCAAAUUAGAGAGUGAUCCUCCUCCCGUGUCUAGUAUUUUUAGCUGGGGGUUUGGAUUAGCGGGGACUGACUUUCGCAGUCGUCAUCCUUGUGGCCCGAAUAUGCACUUUUGAUCGGCACCGAUAUUGAGAUGUGAGGAUGCGGGGACGACACGUCUGUCCUUGGACCGUGCAGGGAGGACGAGAUGGUUCUCGAGGUUGGACGACUCCAGAAAACAUAGGUCCCCUCUGUACAUGUGAAGACCUACAAUACGGUCUUGGUCAUCGCAUUGGCAAAUUUGGGGCUCCCCUUGGGACAACAUGAUGGCACGAGAAACUUUAGGAAUUUCCACUUAGCAGACUCAAGUGGGCACUAUCAGUAGGAAUUUUCCUCUCACAAAAAAGCAGAUUUGAUUUCACCUCUCAAACACGGGUUAGAUGGGUUUAAUGUCUUAAAUGAAAGAAAAUCUUUUUUAUAUUACACGGUAUCUACUUAUUUUCUAACUUGAUUUGUUAGUUUUCAACCGGGUGUUUAAAAAACUUCAUAGCUUCAUCUGCUUUAAACUUGCGAUGGUGGGCAAGUUUUAUGGGUGAGUGAGAGUUUCAUGUGUUCUUUUGGUUGUGUGAUCAUUCAUUGCUGAGUUACAAAGGUAUAUAAGGUGUCAUCCUGUAUAAUAUGCAUGAUCUCUGGACUGUGUUGUUGUGAUUGUGUAACUGGAAGGCAAUGUCUCUACAGUGAUAGGAUUGCCAACUUGAGCUAGUGACCUUAGUAAGUGCACAGGAAGAAACAUGAUGAUCAUAAUGAUUUUUUGAAUAGCCUGUACUCCUAUAUAGCAGUAUGGCACUUACAAGGAGACCAAUGUACUUGUUUAUUGUGUUGUAAGAAGUCACUUUGGCAAAAAAGAUGGUUAGACAUUUUUUUAGUUACACAUUCGCAAUGCAUGUAAUUUGUAUUACUGUAAAUGUGCCUUUUGACUUUUCAAUAGCACAAGAAAUAGUGAAGUACUACGUAUAUUAUAUUAUACCUUUGUUGUAGUUUGUUUCUCUUUGUUGCAUUUUAUUUGUUUCAUCAUGUUGCAUCAUGUUGCUUUUUGUUGCAUUGUGUUGCAUGUUGUUGCUUUUUGUUAAUUUUGAUUCUUAUUGUUUCUUUAUCUUUAUAUUUAUCUUUGUUCCAUCUUUGGAAUAAAAAGACUUUGUAUAUAUACAAAUGCUUAAAAUCAUAAAUUUCUAUUAAUUUAUGAAUAUCAACUGAAACAAAAAAUAUGAAGAAACAUUAUGAAACAAAAAUGUAAAAGUUAUGAGGGAUGGAGGGAGUGGACUGCUGUCUGGAAUUGGGAGCUUCCUCCGAAGAUCAAAGUCCUUUUUUGGCAGAUUUGCAUAGGGAAUUUACCGACGACGGAGAACCUUAGAUGAAGGUGGGUUGAUUGUCCGGUUCGCUGUGGUUUAUGUGGAGAAGAGGAUGAAUCGCUACUACAUCUUUUUGUUAAUUGUGAGGUCGCGAGGGGGGCUUGGAACUCCGUAGGGUGGUUUGUCUCCGGGCAGAUGGGUGGGAGCUAACUGGAUUGGCUUCGGUCAGUGUUCCAGGCCAAGAAAGGGAUGAUCUGUGGACAGUAGCUUGGGGAUGUUGGGGGUUAUGGACUGAACGUAACCAUUGGGUGUGGCAGAGGGAUUUUAAGCUUCCUAGCCAAUUCAUGCAUCAAGCCCGGAGUUUGGUUGAGAGUUGGACAUCUGCCCAGAUGAAGGAACACAGAGCUGGGACGAAUCUGCCGCUGGGAAGUAAAGGUUGGAGCUGUCCAGGGAGUGGUUUUUUAAAGGUUUAUGUCGAUGCUUCCAUUGAUGGGCAUUGUCAUGGGCUGAGUUGGGUAGUCCGCAAUGCAGCAGGGGAAUUUUUAGCAGGUGGAAGCAAGAAGGGAGGAGGACGUUGUUCCCCGUUGGAGGCUGAAUUGCUCGGGAUUCGGGAAGUAUUGAGCUGGUUGAAAGCUCAAGCUUGGGAUUCUAUAGAGGUCGAGUCGGACACUUUGAAGUGGCUCAAGCUUGUCGUAUGGAGGAGUGAUCGAUUGCGGAUGACAUUAGAGAUACCAGCUCGGAGUUCAAUAAUAUAUCUUUUACUUUUGUUAGGCACUCAACGAACAAAGUCACGCAUACAGCGGCUUGUUAUUUGUUUGAAAGCCAGAUUUGGUAGCUUACACUUUCGAGUUGUAUUGUUGACGCUUUGUCAUUUGAUUUGAUUAAUGCUAAUUAAAUUUGUUGUGGCAAAAAAAAAAAGUUAUCAAC